AAUAGGUCGCCAAGUAUGUCUUUCAAACGAGAAGGGGAUGAUCAAAGCCAGCUUAAUAUACUGAAGAAACGACGUGUUUCAGAUCUUCUGUCAAACUUUAUCCCAGAUGAUGAAGCUACUCUGAUGAAAAACGGAAGAUACAGUUGUCUUGUGUGUUCUCACCGUCCCGUGUUUGAUACUGUUGAUAUGCUCGUGGUGCACAGGAAGGGGAAACGACACCUUGAAGGAAUGAAAUAUUUUUAUGGCAAAAAAAAUCAGCUGCGACGCGAAAUUGACAAAAGAAGGCAUCAAGAAUAUGUCAAAGCAGAAGAUGAUCGACAGGAACCCUCCAGUUCAGCUCCUCUGCUGACCCAAACACGCAAAAUUACCCAUCAUGCCUUACUCAGAACUGUUCCUUACAGUAGCUGCCACAAAAAAGCAAGUGAACGAUCAGAGUCUUUAAGCAAAGAGCAAAGAAACGAUUUAGCCAACUCUCAUCCGUCCAUGAGGACAGAAAGUAAUGACUCCAUAACAACAGUGCAUCAGGGUCCGAGUGAAGUUAAAGGUGAAGCAAAGAAGAAAAAGGGAUCCAGCACUGUGAGCUCCAGUGUUUGUGAACCUUUAACAGAGCAGAGACGCAGAGAACUGGACCACUAUCUCAAACUAAAGAGUUCAGGGUGGCUGCAGGACCGGAGUGGUAAAUGGGUUAAAGAUGAGAAUGUGGAGUUUGACUCUGAUGAAGAAGAACCGACUCUGUUGCCUCCUUGCAGUGAAUCUUCAUAGCGGACUCUACUGAAAACAACUCUAUACUGUUCAGGAAAAAGACUUCAGGCUACAUUUGAACUGCUCUGCAUGCAGGAUGACAUUUCAGUAGUCACAGUAUAUCACAUGACAUCUACAAGCGACCCACUUUUUAUAUAAUAAGGCUAAAACCUCCAGACGUUCUUUUUGGAAAAGAGUUUGCAUUGUUUGUAAUUAUAUUAGUACUGUGUACUUGCCGUUAUUCCACAAAAUACAUUUUUAGAUGAAAUAAGCUUUCAACCUUGUAUCUGAUGUGGUGUUUUUACAACUAUCAUAAUCAGUUUGCAUUCAGUAUCUGAAAUGUUUGUCGCAGGAUUGAAAAUCUGUUCCAAAUCGAGAACAGAAUGUGGAACGGCUGCUUCGUUCUGCGGUUCCUUUGCCAAAACGCCAUCAGAGAGAGAUCUUGGCUUUCUGCAGUAUAGACCUGUGAAGUUUUAGUCGGCCUCAGAAAUAAAUAAAAAAAACAGCCAACUUUUCCUGACUGUGGUCCCUUUAUAUAAACUUGAAGAAAACGCAGCCUGUAAACAUUUGAAAAGUGCAGUAAUGCGUGUUUGUUAAUUGGCGAUGUUUGAGAGUCUGCGUAGGUUAGCAGCUGUUCAGAAGGAGAGCAUAAAUCUCUGGUAUAUUUGGAGCUUUGUAACUCAAAGCCAUGCGACUGGGUUUCAUGACUGAGUGGUUUGGGUUUAUAAAUAGGUUAGCGAAGGAGAGCAGGAAGCAGGGCUGCGGGAUAUUGAACGGUUACAUUUGUUUUUGUGCCUCUGGGUUUGGGUCAUCAUUAAUUAAAAGGUUAAUGGUGUAGUCUAAAGUUA